CCUCAAAUAAUAAUAAUUAUAAAAAAAAACAACCCACAGACAAAACAGUAAGGAUUAGUAGAUUCAUUUUCCUUGAUUCAGCCUCAGCUAUCAAUCAAUGCAUCCACGUUAAAUAUAGAUAGAUCAUCAUUAGAUCUCUCUCACUUUCUCUCAAGACAUAGAAGCUGACAGCACCACGCAUACUGUGUACUUGAUACGAGAAAGAGAGAUGUCAAGGAGAUCAGGGACUUGCUUGAGGUGUUGUUUGGUCUUUUUUGCAGUUAUUUCAGCUUUAGGUGUGUGUGGUCCUGCUUUAUACUGGAGAUUCAAGAAGACUGUUGGAUUUCCUGAUUCUAAAACCUCUUCUUGUCCUCCUUGCAUCUGUGACUGCCCCCCUCCUUUGUCUCUUCUCAAGAUUGCUCCUGGGUUGGCCAACCUUUCAGUCACAGAUUGUGGAAGUAAUGACCCCGAUCUCAAAACGGAGAUGGAGAAGCAAUUUGUGGACCUUCUAACAGAGGAGUUGAAAUUGCAAGAGGCUGUUGCUCAAGAGCAUGCUCAUCACAUGAACAUCACGCUUGGUGAAGCAAAAAGGGUGGCAUCCCAAUACCAGAGGGAGGCAGAAAAAUGCAAUGCUGCCACUGAAACAUGCGAGGAGGCAAGAGAGCGGUCUGAAGCAUUGCUGAUUAGAGAGAGGAAAGUUACUUCCUUAUGGGAGGAACGGGCCCGCCAACUGGGCUAUGAAGGAGAGUAAUUGUUAUACAGUUGAUAUUUGAGUAUUUACAUGAAUCCUUCUAUCAUUAGCGUUCUUACUAGCAGGCGCAAUCAAAUUGACUGGGAUCUUCACUUUCUGCGCAAUCAAAUUGAUUGGGAUCUUCACUUACUCUGUCACUCGCAAAUUGGUUCAGUUUUCUUGUGAAGGCAUGCAAAUGGUAUGUAUCUAUCGAUUUUCACCAGUAAUCUUUACCUGCUCUGGAUCUACCAGCUCAACCAUUAUUUCUAGUGCUCUCUUAAUGAGUUACUUGAUACUGUGCUAUACUGCUAUGCAUGAUGUAAUGAACAUGAUUUUACAAGGCUUGUUUUGUUACCUUGAUAUAAACUUCCUGGACCACUUAAUCUCCA